UGAUUGGUUCCAGCCACACGGAUCUGACAGGCAAAGUUCAUCCCUCAAGAGUUGCGCAACACAUACAAACGCAUAGAAGCCAGCGGCCAGUCUGGGAGGAGCAGGAAAACAGGAAAGAACUCCAAUCUUUGUCCCACUCUCCACAUUCACGGGAUCGGUCAUGGCUGCAGAAGCGAGGCAGACGUGUUACGAGGGCAACGAUGUCCAGAGUUUCCAGUUCUUCCUGAAACAUUCAGGUGAGCACGGGGCCAUUCAAAAGGACCUCCAGCGUUUCCUGCCAGGGGAACUGAAGAGAAUUGGAGAAGGCAAAAGCAGCAUGGACGUCCUGGGCGUCGGCAGUGGAGGAGGAGAGCAUGACGUCCAGAUCCUCUCUCUGCUACAGUCUGCAUUCCCCACCGCUCCUCUCACCGCUGACGUCGUGGAGGGAAGCCGGGAGCUCACCGACAACUUCAAAGCUUUGGUCGCAAAGACCCCCAGCCUUCAGACGGUGCCGUUUGCUUGGCACAUCAGCCGAAGUGAGGACUACCAGAAGCAAGUGGAAAAGAAUGAAGUCAUUAAGAAGUUUGACUUAAUACAUUUGAUUCAGAUGCUGUAUUUUGUGGACGACAUCAGAGAAACUAUCAAGUUCUACCACAGUCUCCUGAAAACCAACGGCAAGAUCCUGAUCAUUCAGGAGAAAGCCAAUGGUGGCCACGACAUCCUAUGGAAAACCUUCAAAAAUGACCUGUGUAAUGACGCCGUCUCCGAGUACCGCUCCUCCGGGGAGGUGGUGGCACAACUGAAGAGCCUCGGCCUGAAAUACGAGGAGCACGAGAUUCCACACACCUUCGACAUCACCGACUGCUUCGACCCGAACAGCGCGAACGGAAAAUUUCUGCUGAACUACAUGACAGCGAGGGAGGACUUCCACCAGUCGCUCAGCCCCGAGGUCAGAGCAGCCAUAUUCGACCUGCUGAGGAACAAGUGCAGCACCGAGAAAGACGGCAAAGUGCUGUUCAACGGCGACUUGAGCUGCAUACUUGUACAUGCCUGAGUGUGAGGGAUAGUCCUUUCUACUGCAUUCAUAUUUACUCGUGUGAAUAGGCAUGUGAAUGUUUGUCAGCAGAAACGUUUGAUUGCAAUUAAACUUUGCCUUCUAUUAAAAUGUUAUCAAAGAAUCA